GAAUUUUCGCAAAUAAAUCUAGAAAUCGCAGUGCAGCUGCACAUUUGCAAAACCCAAGGAAUAUUUCUACCUGUUGAAGAAAUUUGAGGGAAUGGCGGCCGGCGGGACCUACUCGAGCGAUCACGUAUCUAACCCUACAAAUAGCGAGGAAAAUGAGAUUUGCAUGUCAGUAGAGCCGCAUCCACUUGCCGCAGCGCACUUUCAACCGCAGACAUCGUUUCGACUGCCACCUGUACAGUAUUCGCAUCCGUAUCACCAGUAUCUGAGCCAGUUUGCACCCACGUUUGUGCCCUACUACCAACGACUGCUCACGCGUCCGAUCGUGAAGCUGGAGGAGAUGGACAUUGAGAACUACAUCAACUGCGAGGUGGCGGCGCAGCGCACCACACUCAUGCGACAGACAGCUCUCAGGCCUUUGGGCCAGCACCAGCCAAUGGUGGAGCCCAAAAAGGGGCAUACGCAAGGCCCUCAGAAGACGCUUUCAAAACAGACCAAGGUGAUCCCACAGGCCAGCCGUCGCAUUGUUGAUGCCAAACUGAUGGCCAUGACCACGGCAAGCGGCAGUAUACGGAACAUGCAGACCGCCAUGGAGCCGCUGCCUCCCGUCGAGGACUCGUUCAGGCAGCAGGUGGCCAAGGUCCAGAAGAGCCAGCACCACUACGAGCAGCUGUUCGGCAGGCUCACAACCAUGCUGCAGACGCUGAAUCAGCGCUACGACAAGGAAUGCGAAGAUGUGCCGGCUCCACCCUCGAAGCGACCACGCCGCUUGUCCACCAGCUCGGCCGAGUCCCACCUGCAGGACACCACGUCUGACCACGAGCGGGAGAGCCUGGUUCAAUACCCGCAGCGGGUUAAGGGCAACGACGGCAGCUAUGUGUACGUCCUGGGGCCGAACGGCACGCAGAUCAGUGCCCAUCAGUACGGGGAAGUCUUCUGGACUAGCGCUCCGGUGGCCACCCGCUCCCUGUUGGGUGUUGUCUUCAGCAGCGACGAGCUGGCCACGCACACGCUGACGGGCAAGCCCUCGCCCGCUUUUUACGGCCGCGAGAGACCGCCCAAACUGCAACUGGAUCAGCAAAAGGUGGACGACAUUGUGGAGUGCGUCGUGAACCGCACGGGCGGCAAGGAGCGCAUCAUUCGAGCCACCAUCACCACGAAGUGUGCCGACACGGCCAAGAAGUACAAGCGACGGGCCAAGAAGGCGCUUAAAAUCAAAGAGGAACCCUUCUAGAUUGCCCCUCGGGCACCAUUAACAAUAAGUAACGAGUGGCUAGAUAUGGUCCAGUCAUAAUUAUAGGUACAUACAAUAAAAUAAUCCUUGAUCUGCGUA